UUAUAACAUGGUUCAUGUUAAAAUAAAAUUUAUGUAGGUGGUAUGUUAAAAGGGAAUAAAAAUGUUAUGUAGAGCAAGAAAAUAAAUAUGAACUUUUUAUCGCUAUUCGUACUAGUGUAUCAUCUCAUAAUAGGUUUUAGUAAAGUCGACUCUCAAGUAAAUUCGACAGGCAAUUCAGAAGAUAUCAAGGCAAUUAUCAAAGAAAUUUUACCAGAAGAACUAGUCGAUAAUCUAACAAAAAAAGUUUUCGAUCUUUUACUAAAUAAUACCCAAGAUGCAAGAAGAUAUAAUAAAUAUAUAAUCAAUAAACCAAUUGAUACUAGACAGUUUAUAAUCGUAAAUGAAAAGAAGGUCGAUUUCGAAACUUUAGUUAACAUGGUCAAGCAGAAAUUAAUGAGUAGACGAAACCAAGUUCCAAAAUAUAUUACCCCAAGAUUAGUACUACACGUUGGCGAUAGCCAGCGUAAGAUAAUAAAAAAACACAAAGCGACCUUGUCCAACAUAAAAGAUAUCUCAUUCGAAGCAACUAAAAGACCUAAAACGAAAAGAACAAAAAAUAACUCUAAGAGAUAUACUCUAACCACAUCCCAAAAGAAAUCACGCUUUGAGCAUAAAAGCAUUCUCCGACACAAACCAAACAGCGAAAUAUUCUCAAAAUCAAAGGAAGAUGCAGAGGGAUGGUUGAUAAACAGAAGUAGAUUCAAAAUAGUAACAAGAAGUAACAAAUUUAAAAACAUUUAUAAAAAAGUUUCGGCCGACACAGACGACGAAGAGAGAAAAGUUUCUAAAUCCGUGUCGAAAAUACGAGAUCUGUUGAAGGCUAUGUCUAAAGAAAAUAAAGAAAGAGGGAAAAAGAUAGAAACAACAUACAGAGAUUCUUCAGAAAUAUUUUAUUCCGACGAAUCUACAAUCAGCACCAUCUCUUCCAGCGAAAUAAAGGCUGAGACGAGAAAUCUUGGUGACGGAAGUGCAGAUGUUUCUAUGAAAAUAACUGAAAAGUUGAGGAAAGUAUGGUUCAAGCCGCCUACACCUGACUACAUAAAGAAAACUACAGUUGCGAUCGAAAAAUAUAAUUUUGAUGAGCAAAUACCAGAAAACGAUAGGAUUAGAAGUUCAGAGUCUAUUGUUUACGAAUAGUUUGUGAAAUGUAGCAAACUGUACCUAUGUAAAAAUGUACAAUAGAAUAUCAUAGACAUGCAUAGUAUUUUACCAAUAGCUGCUUUUAUCGGACCUAUA